GCUAGCUAGCAAGCGCGCCGAGCAAUGGAAGGUGGCCGGGUGCUUAUGGUUCUCCUCCUGUGGCUCUUGGUCAGCCUCGCUGGCUCCAGCCCUCCGCCGGAGCCAGUGGUCUGUGACUAUGCCUAUGGCACGUCCGGCUGCACUGUCUCCAACGCGUACGGCUCCUUCCCUGACCACACCGUCUGCCGCGCGGCCGACGCCACCUUCCCGCGCACCGAGGAGGAGCUUGUCGCAGCCGUGGCAGCCGCGGCGGCUGCCAAGCGCAAGGUGAAGGUGGCCACCAAGCACUCCCACAGCUUCCCCAAGCUGGCCUGCCCCGGCGGGAACGACGGCGCCAUCAUCAGCACGGCGCGGCUCAACAGGACAGUGAGCGUCGACGCCGCCAAGGGGCUGAUGACGGUGGAGAGCGGCAUGGUGCUCCGGGACCUCAUACAAGCGGCCGCCCAAGCUGGGCUUGCGCUGCCGCACUCGCCCUACUGGUCAGGCCUCACCAUCGGGGGCCUGCUGGCCACGGGCGCGCACGGCAGUUCGCUCAAGGGUAAGGGCGGCGCUGUGCAUGAGUACGUGGUCGGGAUGAGGAUCGUCACGCCGGCGCCCGCCAGCCAAGGGUUCGCGGUGGUACGGGAGCUCCGUGCCCACGAUCCUGACCUGGACGCGGCCAAGGUCUCCCUCGGCGUCCUUGGCGUCGUUUCCCAGGUUACGCUGGCCUUGCAGCCCAUGUUCAAGCGGUCAGUGACGUUUGUGACGUGCGACGACUCGGACCUGGCGGAGCAGGCCACCAAGUGGGGCAACCUCCAUGAAUUCGGCGACAUGGCGUGGCUGCCCGAGCAGCGCAAGGUGAUUUACCGUAAGGAUGACCGUGUGGCCAUCACGUCGGCGGGUGAUGGCCUCAACAACUACAUAGCCUUCCGCUCCAACCCAACGGCCGCGCUCAUGGCCGCCAGAGUCACGGAGGAGCUUCUUGAGAAGAACGCCAGCGCCAGCGCCCGGUGCAAGGCGGCACACAAGAUGGUAUCAUCGUUUGAGACAGUGGCGUACGGCUUCACCAACAACGGUCACCUGUUCACGGGGUACCCGGUGGUGGGGUUCCAGCACCGCAUCCAAGCAUCCAGCGCGUGUGUCGGCAGCCCAGAAGACAUGCUCCUUACCUCGUGCCCGUGGGACCCACGCACUCGGGGACUCCACUUCUACUCCAAUGCAUAUAGCAUCGCACUCUCCAAGGUGUCAGCGUUCAUUGCCGACAUGAAGCAGCUCCGCGAGCGCAACCCACUGGCCUUCUGCGGAAUCGACGCCAAAAUGGGUAUGCUCCUCCGCUACGUGAAGGCAUCUUCCGCCUAUCUCGGCAAGUCGGAAGACUCGAUCGACUUUGAUAUAACAUACUACCGGAGUUACACCAGAGGCGAGCCCAGCCCACAUUCUGACGUGCUGGACGAGCUUCAACAGAUGGCGCUACGCAAGUACGGAGCCAUCCCCCACUGGGGCAAGAACCGCAACUUUGCCUUUGAAGGCGCCAUUGACAAGUACCCCAAGGCUGACAAGUUCCUGGAGGUAAAGGGCAGGUAUGACGCCGAUGGGAUUUUCUCUAGCGAAUGGAGUGACCAGGUUCUCGGUAUUAGUGGGAGCCCAAUCAUUGUCGAGAAGGGUUGCGCUAUUGAGGGGCUUUGCAUCUGCUCCGAGCACUUGCAUUGUGCACCUGAGAAGGGCUACUACUGCCGCCCGGGGAAGGUGUACACAGAGGCAAGGGUCUGCUCAUUCCAACCUAUCUGAUGUGUUUACAUGGCAGCUUUAAAUUAUUCUGUCGUGUGCCCUUUAUACUUUUUCCAACAUGAUGCUUUUGCUUUCCAGGCCCGUGUGGUGACAAAAAAACUGUGUCCUAUGCGAUGUUGUUUCUUCAUCGAGAUGGCCGUGGUGACCCAAAAAAAAAUGUUUUCCCUUCUGUUUAUGUUUCACUCUACGGGUUUGCUAAUUCUAAUUCUUGUCUGCAUGAGAAUUAACAAAGUUACAUCUAACUUCUGCAUCAAUUGAUUAGUGACAGAAGGAAAAUAAUAGAAAAAAUCACUAGUGCAUGCGAGUCCAACGUAAAUGGUUAAAACCCCCUUAAAUGCACAAAAAGAACAAUACUUAAAUCCAAAAAGUCAUCGUUUCAACAACCUCACGUCAAGGAUCUUGAUUUGGAGCAGCAAAUUAUGUUCAAUGGAAACUUAGAGCAUGGUUACAGUAUAGUCAGUUGUUGGCUAUAUAUUGUUUUGUUUUUUUUGAUAAAAGACUUUUCAUUGAAUAGAUAUAUCGAGGUGAUACAAUCGUAUUGAAAGAAAGCCCGGCCUCUGCAUAGCUAGAUGCACACAGCCAAAAAGUCCAGAGCACCCUAAAAAUAAAAAAAUUCGAUACAAUGCCAAGCAAUAAAUCGUGUCCAGCCUAAGAAGCGGUAGACCCUAUCCGUAAAUCACACCGCCAUCCAUGUGGGUAGAAAACCUCCCUGGCCGUACGCUCCAGCCGUGUAGACGCCAUCAUAAAAAGGUCCCUGUCCUCCGGCUUCUGCAGGAUAGACCACGUACGGAGCCAUCGUGUAUAAACAUG